UCCAGUGGCGCCCGGCGGUGCGGCCGGCCUCUCCUGCUUCCACGCGCGCGCACGCCCGCCGCGGCCCCGCGCACUCCGCCAAUUCGCCCAUCGCGCCGCGCGCACAGCCGCUCGCCAAGCCCGCGGCCGGGGCCCUGGCGUGCCGCGCGGGCCUCGGCGGGGCCCAGCGCCCCGGCCCGGGAGGAUGCGGCCCGGGGCGGCCCGGGAGCUGAGCAGGGCCCCCGCGCCGUCCCCCGCGGGCCCGGGCUUCCAGAGCCGCAGCCGCAGCCGCCGCCCCGCCCCCGGGAGACAUGACUUCCAAGCCGCAUUCCGACUGGAUUCCCUACAGUGUCUUAGAUGAUGAGGGCAGCAACCUGAGGCAGCAGAAGCUAGACCGGCAGCGGGCCCUGCUGGAGCAGAAGCAGAAGAAGAAGCGUCAGGAGCCCCUGAUGGUACAGGCCAACGCAGACGGGCGGCCCCGGAGCCGGCGGGCCCGGCAGUCAGAGGAGCAGGCGCCGCUGGUGGAGUCCUACCUCAGCAGCAGUGGCAGCACCAGCUACCAAGUUCAAGAGGCCGACUCACUCACCAGUGCGCAGCUGGGAGCUGCCCGCCCAACAGCACCAGCCUCAGCCAAGAGAACCAAGGCAGCCGCUGCAGCGGGGGGCCAGGGCGGGGCCUCUAGGAAGGAAAAGAAGGGCAAGCACAAAGGCACCAGCGGGCCAGCAGCACUGGCAGAAGACAAGUCUGAGGCCCAAGACCCGGUGCGGAUCCUGACUGUGGGCCAGUCAGACCACGCUCAGGACGCGGGGGAGACGGCAGCCGGCGGGGGCGCACAGCCCAGCGGGCAGGACCUCCGUGCCACGAUGCAGAGGAAGGGGGUCUCCAGCAGCAUGAGCUUUGAAGAGGAAGAGGAGGAUGAGGAUGAAAAUAGCUCCAGCUCCUCCCAGCUAAACAGCAACACCCGGCCCAGCUCCGCUACCAGCCGGAAGUCCGUCAGGGAGGCAGCCUCAGCCCCCAGCCCAACAGCCCCAGAACCCUCGGCGGAUGUUGAGGUCCAGGAUCUUGAGGAGUUUGCACUGAGGCCGGCCCCCCAGGGUAUCACCAUCAAGUGCCGCAUCACGCGGGACAAGAAGGGGAUGGACCGGGGCAUGUACCCCACCUACUUUUUGCACCUGGACCGUGAGGAUGGGAAGAAGGUAUUCCUCUUGGCGGGAAGGAAGAGAAAGAAGAGUAAAACUUCCAAUUACCUCAUCUCUGUGGACCCAACAGACUUGUCUCGAGGAGGGGACAGCUACAUCGGGAAACUGCGGUCCAACCUCAUGGGCACGAAGUUCACCGUUUAUGACAAUGGAGUCAACCCUCAGAAGGCAUCAUCCUCUACUUUGGAAAGUGGAGCCUUGCGUCAGGAGUUGGCAGCGGUGUGCUAUGAGACAAAUGUCUUAGGUUUCAAGGGGCCUCGAAAGAUGAGUGUGAUUGUCCCAGGCAUGAACAUGGUUCACGAGAGAGUCUCCAUCCGGCCGCGAAACGAGCAUGAGACGCUGCUCGCACGCUGGCAGAACAAGAACACGGAGAGUAUCAUCGAGCUUCAAAACAAGACCCCUGUCUGGAAUGACGACACGCAGUCCUACGUACUCAACUUCCAUGGGCGCGUCACACAGGCCUCUGUGAAGAACUUCCAGAUCAUCCAUGGAAAUGACCCGGACUACAUCGUGAUGCAGUUUGGCCGUGUGGCAGAGGAUGUGUUCACCAUGGAUUACAACUACCCACUGUGCGCGCUGCAGGCCUUUGCCAUCGCCCUGUCCAGCUUUGACAGCAAGCUGGCCUGCGAGUAGAGAGUCUCCUUGUGCCCUUUGGGGUUGCUCAGCCUGGAGUGGAGCUGCCUGCCAACAGAGACAGCCCUGCCUCCCCUCUCUCUGUACAUAGGCCUGCUGCCAGAUGAACUGUCAGCUCUCAGUGGCUCCCUGGCCAAGCUGACUCGGACCUGGCUCCUCUGUCUCCACUGCAGAGACAGAGGACUGGGCUGGGGACGUGUGUGCGUGCAGGGACCCAAGGUCCAGAUACACACCCCUGCUCUUGAGUUUGUAUCCUGCUGCAGGUGUGUUGCCCAGCUGGGCAGCCUCUUCGGCUGGGAAGAUAGGAAGAAACAGAGGGAGAGGAAGCACAAUGCAGGGCUGCUGUGGUCCAGCCACCCACUCAGUCUGGGAGUCAGGUGACCAUGGGUCCCCAGCAGUGAAGGGCACAGUGUGAGUGUACGUGUGUAUUGAGUACACCCAUUUUACAUACAUAGUAGGGCUAGGAUCGGCUUCCAGGCCCUUGGUUAACUCCAAAAAGUCCUCCGACUUCAUAAGGCCUCAGCCAGCCUAGGAGAAGUUAAAGGAGUUUGGGAAAGGUGAGUGGCAAGACCUUGUCAGGAUUGCGGGGGCCUGGCUUCGGCUGUGGGAACUGGCUGGUAACCUGGGGUUCCCGCUCAUUUGAUUUCUCUAGGUUUUGUCUGUGUGCAUAGAGGCGGCAGGAGGUACAUGGCACAGGGCCCCUGGACCAGGGCUACGUUGGGAGUCCUAGCAGUAGCCAGAAGAGCUUUCUUUGGAGCAGCUCCUGCCCAGGGCCCUGCGCCUCAGCCCAUAGUGCAUAGGUAGGCAUGCCUUGGCCUACAGCCAGCAGAGCACCAGUCCUAAGCCAUGGCAUGGUCCAGGAAGGUGGUCUAGCUCCAGGGCCUCUGGCCUGUGCCUCGCACCCCCUGUGCUCAGCCUAGGUUGUGGCUGCUAAGGACGCUUGUGUGUGGUUCUUUUGGGGUGGGAAUGGGACGGGGGAAGAAAAGCAGGGAGUACAUUAGAACCACAAGAGAGGAGAGGUGGCAUGAGCUUUAGAGGUGAACUAGUACAAUGUGUCACUUUAGAUGAAGCACAUUUAGAAGAUGGACUUGCACUGGGUCAUCUAGCUGGUGAGUGGCAGAGUUCAGAACUUCUGCUCCUUUAUUUCUUUGUUCCUACCAUCCCCUAAGAAACUGCUCUCUCGUUCUUUAGCCUUCCUGGGACUCUGGUCUGCAUGCCCUCACCCUUCUGCCUGAUUACAGAGACUUAGAAGUGUCGGAGUUGAUGUCUGAAAUUGAAACCGUUCAGUUCCCUGCUGAAAGCUGGCCUUUUGAACAUCAGUCUGAUCAGGACUGCCCUGUGUCUGGCUUCUCCCCAAGGGCAGGCCUUACCAAGGCCAUCGUGCCUUUCUCUUUUUGGAUGUGAUGGGUGAGAGACAUGAAUGUUCCAGGGCUGGGUCUGAGUUCUUCCUCCUUGGCUGGUACCCUCUAUGCUGAACACUUGGGAACACUAAGGCUUUGCUUGUCUCUGACCCCCGCAGAGGCUACUUGCCCAGGUGGAACUCAGAAAUCCGGGGGAAGCAAGCAGGAGUUGUUCUUCCUUUCAGAGUAGAUGUGCUUGGAAAGGGUGCACAGAAAUUUUUGUUUUAAGUAAGUACUACUUAAAACAUUGGGUUGAGGCUCCUCCCAUAGUGAGGGGAGUUGUUUUGACCUACGUGGUGGUGGUAGUGUGUUCUCAUUUCCUUAGACGCUGAGAUUUCCUGUGUGGAGUGCUCAAAGCACAGUGCAGCUGUUAUAGCGGGGAUCUGUGGGAGGCCCCUCUAUGGGCCUAGUUUCUGGACCACUUUUGGGGUCAUUCUGAGGGCAAUGAGGCUGAUCCACUUUUCCAGUCCCAGUUGGGCUCAUACUCCCCAGACUGGGAAGAGACGGGCUGACAUUUGGGAUGCCGGAAGCUACAUCUCUGAAGUCUGGUCUAAGCUCUUUCUCUGGGUCUAGGAUUUUAAAAUAGAACAGGCUGAUUUCAGAGCCUAGAGAGAGGGAGGGAAGCCUGGCAGAAGUGUGGAAGAGGCAGAAGCACAAGAACAAACUCUUGUACCCUGUGUUCCAUCGAAUACAUGGGGUUAGUGGGGGAGGUUGUGUCAGGAACGUGGCUUGAGCUUCCCGGCCUGGACUGGGGAAGGUAGCACAGCAGCAAAACUCUGUUGGGCACUGAACGACAAGAGCAGUUGAGUCACCUGCUCGAGACCCAGCUUCACAAGGUCUGUCCUUAAGACCCCAUUCCUGGUGAUGCUGGUUUUCCCUGACCACUGGCCUCCUAGCCAUGGGCCCAAAGACUCAAAAAGCUGCCAGGGCCCCUGGAUACCACCUGGGCUCAGCAUCUCCCAGGGUAAGAGCUCUUGUCCUUUAUACCCUCUAUCCAGACGGUACCCUUGAGUGGGCCGGGGAUUGGAUGAUGGCACGAGCAAGCCCUAAAGGUGGGGUGGCAGUUGGGACCUCAGGCAGCCCCUCUGUCACUGCUCCUGGGGCCACACCCUCUUCCCCCAAACAGCUCUUCUGUAGAGCUGUGGUGUUCACUCCCCACUCUUCUCCGAUUCUAGCUUUUCUUUCCUUCUGGCUCCAAGGUGCUCUGUGUCUGUCUGUGUGUCUCUAUGUCUGUGUGUAUUUGGGGAAAAGGGCAAUCUGCAAAUCACCAACUGAGGUUUCUUACUACGAUCAUAUUUCUAAGGAUGAGUGGGAAAGGAAAAAGGGUAUUUGAUCACCUGUGGAUUUUGUUCAUUCAUUUCAUGCUCUUUGAUCAGAAAGUAAACCUGGGAAAGACCAGCUCUUUCUUGGGAAUAAGAGAAUAGGAGGAUACUGUCCAAGAAAUUCUAGUUUUCAGUUCCUUUUUGCGGUACAUGAUGAAAUUGGUAUGUUACAUGCAUGCUUUUGGAUGAAUUUGAACGUAUUCUAGUGAAUGUGCCUUAAAAAUCACGACACUAGUUCAGAAGGAACAGUUAAGGUCCAGACACAUGCUGAAGACCAGUGGUAGAAGCCAGCAAGUGUGAAAAUUUGGAGUCUGUGUCCUUCAGUGACAAAAAGGGCAACAAAAUUGUCUUUGGUCUGGAAAGAGCAUUUACCUCUAAGUUAGUGUACAGUUAGAGGAAAUUCUAAAUUUAAUAAGGAGUGGUGAUGAUCUCAAACCUAAAGAAGACAUGCUUUCCUCACUGUGAGGGGAGAUGCUGGGCUGGGGCUGGUCAUGGCCCUGUUAUGCAAGCACAGAUUCUAUCUCCUAGCCAGAGUCCCUGGUGUUCCCUUUCUGCGGUAACACUGGCCUUCCCCUCUCGAGAAUUCUUUGCCCCAACUGAGCUCUACCUGUGACCUCAGGAUACCAGGUGGCCCUCAGAGCACACUUUUCCAGAGAGCUGAAGGAAUCUCCUGUGGUGGUGGGCCCAGCACUGAACGGUAGUGGGCCCAAGGGAAGGGCUCUUGUUUGUACUGGUUCCCUGUCUUUCUGUACCUCCAGUUUGCAGUCUUGUCAUCUCAGGAUAUGGGGGAAGAGGCAUAGCAGAAGCAUGGGUCUAGAUUUAGUUUAAUUUUCUGACCAAGUUGAGAGGCAAGUUGGUCUUUGGUCUUACAGAGAGCACUACUGCACUUAGCUAAGUGAUUCUGAGCAAACCACAUGAUUUUCCUAGGUUGUUUUCUCAUCUACACACCGAGGAAUUGGGCUGUCAAAGCUUUCAGUAAGAAUCAGGGUGAAUGAAAAAUGAUCCUUGCUUUCAUCACUACCUUUUCUGGCUCAUCACUGUGCCUUUUUUCUUUCCUCAGAAACAUGUCACACCCAUUCCUCUCUUCUGUUCAACUACCCCUCUCCCUUCCCCCAUCAGGGUCCAGGCGGAAUUGCACAUUUAGGCCAAGAUCCAGAGUUUCCUAGAGUGUGAUUUUGAGUGGCUUACAGAGGGAAGCCUGACUCUGGCCUCUUUAAUCCUGCAGAGUUUCGAAGGGCCCUUGGUCAGGAUGGGUGGCACUGGCACUUCUCUUGCUGGGAGCAUCCAUUUAGUCAGUUUUCCUAACGCCUAGAAUGUGUAUGUCCAUUUGCACAAGAUUGUCUUUUCCUAUUCUGGAGUGGUCAUUUUUAUUUUUGUUCCAAAUUAUCUGGAGUUUUAGACAAACUUGCAAAACUGUGCUUUUAUUAAGUGACUUUUUGAAUAAACUCUUUGGUAUUCUUGAGCAAAUGUAUUUAUUUAUUGGUAUGUGCAAUGACAAAGUUGGUAUUUUCCCAUGUUGACAUUAUAUAUGUUGUAGAACUUAGUGUUUGUCUAAGUACAGACCAUAUAGCAACAAAUUAAACUUGAACUGUUUCAACACAA